GGAGACGGCGCCGGGGGCGGCGCGCCCUGAUGCCCGCCGCGGGCCCCGGGGUGCCGGGGCGCUGAGCAACAGUUGGCUCCGCCGCCGCCCAGCAUGAAAGUGUGCCGGCGGAAGGCGCUGGCGCUGUGCCUCGGCUACGCGCUGCUGCUGCUGCUCGCCGCGCUCAACCUGCUGGAGUACAAGUGGCGGCGGGAGCCGCGGCGCUGCGGGGAGCCCCCGGCAGCCCCCCGCCACCACCCCCCGCCGCCGCCGCCACCGGCCGGGAGCCGCGGCCCGGCGGGCGCCCGGCGGCAGCUGGUCUAUGUCUUCACCACCUGGCGCUCGGGCUCGUCCUUCUUCGGGGAGCUCUUCAACCAGAACCCCGAGGUCUUUUUCCUCUACGAGCCGGUGUGGCACGUCUGGCAGAAGCUGUACCCCGGUGACGCCGUCUCGCUGCAAGGGGCGGCCCGCGACAUGCUGAGCUCCCUGUACCGAUGCGACCUUUCCGUCUUCCAGCUCUACAGCACGGCGGGCGCCGGCAAGAACCUCACCACGCUCGGCAUCUUCGGGGCGGCCACCAACAAGGUCAUCUGCUCCUCACCUCUCUGCCCGGCCUAUCGCAAGGAGGUCGUGGGCAUGGUGGACGACCGGGUGUGCAAAAAGUGUCCCCCGCAGCGCCUCAGCCGCUUCCAGGAGGAAUGCCACAAGUACCACACGCUGGUCAUCAAGGGCGUACGUGUCUUUGAUCUGGCUGUCCUCGCCCCGCUCAUGCGGGACCCGACCCUGGACCUCAAAGUCAUCCAUCUGGUGCGGGACCCCCGGGCCGUCGCCAGCUCCCGCAUCAAGUCCCGGCACGGCCUCAUCCGGGAGAGCCUGCAGGUGGUGAGGAGCCGGGACCCCCACAUUCACCGCAUGCCCUUCCUUGAUGCUGGCCACAAGCUGGGCGGGAAGAAGGAGGGGGGGGGCGGCUCGGACUACCAUGCCCUAGGUGCCAUGGAGGUCAUCUGCAGCAGCAUGGCCAAGACCCUGCAGACUGCUCUGCACCCCCCUGACUGGCUCCAGGGCAACUACAUGGCCGUGCGCUACGAGGACCUGGUGGUCGAGCCAAUCAAGACCCUGCGGCAGGUGUAUGGCUUUGUGAACCUGGCAGUCAGCCCGGAGAUGGAGAAGUUCGCCCUCAACAUGACCAGUGGCCCCGGCUACUCCUCCAAGCCGUUCGUGGUGUCGGCCAGGAACGCCACCCAGGCGCUGAGUGCCUGGAGGACUGCGCUCAGCUACCAGCAGAUCAAGCAGGUCGAGGAGUACUGCCACCAGCCCAUGGCCCUGCUGGGCUACGAGCGGGUCGGCAGCCCCGAGGAGGUGAAGGACCUCAGCAGAACGUUGCUCAGGAAGCCGCGGCUGUGACGGGGCAGCGGCAACCACCGGGCGCCCGGGGGUGGCUGAGCCCCGGGCAGAGGAGCCGCUCCGGCUGCCUUGAGUGAGGGAGGGAGCCGGGAAAAGCAACCUGGUUUCCGAUUUCCUCCAAAGACUGCUGAAGGGUAACAUACAGUAAUGCGAUGAUUUCUUUCUUUCUUCCUUUUUUUUUUUUUCUUUUAUUUUUUUAUUACCUGCCCCUUGCAUUGGGUUAGAUGCGAUUUACAAAAAAAAAAAAAAAAAAAAAAAAAAAAAUCAAGUGGAACUGAAAAUACGUGUAAAGCCCCUUCCUCCUUCUCUAAAAUGCCAGGCAGUUGUUCUGUACCAAAAUCGUUCAUGAAGUUCUUGUGGGUUUGAAGAUGGUAACAAAAACUCUUGCACAAUUCCUAACACAUCUUUGUCUCCCUUGGUGCAGAGGGGAUGCCCUUGGAAAACCUAAUGCUGAAAAUCAGACUUUUGUAUGAAAGCAAAUGUUCAGACAUGAUAGUAAUAAAAGAACAUAAUAAAUGAUAUUCAUUUUUAUAAUUACCUCAAUUGUUUGGGAAAUACAGUGUUGCUUAUGUACUGCUGGAGGGGAUGCUUGCUUAAAAUAACAACGUGGACUUCUUAAAGGGUAUGGGUGGAGGGCUGGAGUGCAACGUUUGACGUGUUCAAAGAUCAGGAGCUGCUCUUGCAGAAACAAAUACAGAUCUCACAAGUGUAGUGCAGGUUUUAUGGCUGUGUCAAAGCAGGUUUCUAUUUAACUAUUGUCUUUUCUGUUGUAUAUAAAAAGUCUUUCAAGUGCCACUGUAUUACUGUCCUAAGAGUUUUAAAACAUUUGCCAUCACAGCAGUAUUCAUUUUUGUCUUGACAUGUAUGUCCAGGAGUCACUGUCAAAUAGAAGUGGAUCUACAGCGUGACAAGAAAUGCGGGAUUUAAAAAGACAUUUAUCAUACUGAGAACAUUAGCAUGUGUGAAAACAAAAAUAAAAUUAUAUAUAUUAUAUAUAUUAUAUAGUGCUAACAAAACAUAAGAUGUGUAAGAUAUUUCUUGACAUUGAUUGGUAACAGGCAUAGCAGGGAAGCAUAGAAAAAUGCAUAAAAUGAUUUAUUUUUUCCCUUUGUCUGAGUCCGAGGGUAUAUUUAUGUAUGAAGAGGGAGGAAAUGUACAGCUGUGUGUUCAUGGCUGUAAUAGAGCUUUUAUGGAGCCAGCCCAGCGUUUGAUUUCAGAGCACUGGCUGGAGACUCAUUGCCUGUGAAUUGUCAUUGCUCUGUGAUGGAGCCAGAUGGUGGUCUGGCUCUUUCUGGGAGCUCUGCCUAGAGUUUGUACCAUCGUUAAAACUUGAUGAUUAAAAAAAAAAAGGAAAAAAGAGAUUUUACUAUUUCUGCUUUUGUAAUUUCUUGGAAAAAGUCCUGAUUUAUUAAAGGUUAAGUGGUGUGUUGCAUAUGAAAAGUGCAGACACCCUAAGUAGUUUUUAAUCUUGGUGUUCUCUGCUGCUCUUUGAAGGCUCAUUUUGGAACUUGAGUUUUUAAACAAACGUGGUUUUGCCAAACUGUUCUCUUAGGAGACUACAGACUUUUCUAUAGGAAGUACAUUUUACAUUGCCUAUUUGGGUGUUGUGCCUUCAGAAAAUGUUAAGAGUAUGAUUAGGAAAAAGGAAAUUGAUUUGUGAAAAUAAAUUAAUAUAAACAGGAUGCUGAUAAGUGUGCGUGUAUGUGUGGGUGUAUGUGUGAAAAUUUUAGUGAUGUGUAAUAUGUGUAUUUCUUGUAACUCUUUAAGUUAAACAGCUGAUAACUAGCUACUAAGCUUUUUGAGUUCUUGAUGAAAUUUUGGCAUUAGAUGUUGAAUUUAUUCUGAAAAGGAAACACAUUUAAUAAACUAGUUAAAAGAUUAUUGCA